CUCCAGUCUGUUUGACGCCAGGACUGGGGACAGAGACGAGGGAAAGAGAGACAGAAAAAAGGAAAAAUCUACUUCAUGUCGGUGUCUGUAAAACAGGGCAAAGGUGGAGAGACGCUACACCAUUUCAUGAAAGCAGGUUCUCCUUCAGGAAGUCUCGACCUCUGACUGCAAACUAUAUCUGGCAUGGAUUAGUCUCUAACACCUAAUAGCUGUCUAAUCAGUGUAUUUUCAAUUCCUAACAUUGCUGUAGUUCCUAAAUUGCCCUUUACACUAAUUUUCGGAGUGGUUGUGACCCAGUUCCACCCCCCCCCCCCCACUCCCCCACCCCCCCACCCCCUUCUCUACAGGCCUUCCUGAGCCCUGAGCACCAGAAGCUGCGUCCUGCUUCGACUUCCUGUCCUUGGUCUUACAAGGCUAAUCCUGCCCACUCCUCCCCCCCCCCCACAUACAUAAACACGCUCAUAAUCAUCUUCCUGGCACACUGCAGUCCGAAAGAGCUUCAGAUCCUGCUUCCAGGUGCAGCCCAGCACUAUGACCUCCAUGUCCAGCCUGUUCUCCUUCACCAGCCCGGCUGUGAAGCGGUUGCUGGGCUGGAAGCAGGGCGACGAGGAGGAAAAAUGGGCGGAGAAGGCCGUGGACGCCCUGGUAAAGAAACUGAAAAAGAAGAAGGGUGCCAUGGAGGACUUGGAGAAGGCCCUCAGCAGUCCUGGGCAGCCCAGCAAAUGUGUGACCAUUCCCCGCUCGCUGGACGGACGGCUACAGGUGUCCCACAGGAAGGGCCUACCCCACGUCAUCUAUUGCCGAGUGUGGCGCUGGCCGGACCUGCAGUCCCAUCAUGAGCUCAAACCCUUGGAGGUGUGCGAGUAUCCGUUUGGUUCCAAACAGAAAGAAGUGUGCAUCAACCCCUAUCACUACAAGCGUGUUGAAAGUCCAGUACUUCCCCCAGUUUUGGUGCCACGACACAGCGAGUUUAACCCUCAACACAGCCUGCUGGUGCAGUUCCGCAAUCUGAGUCACAAUGAGCCUCACAUGCCUCUCAACGCCACUUUCCCAGAAUCCUUCCAGCAGCACAGCGGAGGAAGCUCCUUUCCCAUCUCUCCAAACUCGCCCUACCCUCCUUCUCCUGCCAGCAGUGGCACCUAUCCCAACUCUCCUGCAAGCUCUGGGCCCUCCAGCCCCUUCCAGCUCCCAGCUGAUACCCCGCCUCCUGCCUACAUGCCUCCAGAUGAGCAGAUGGGACAGGAUGGGUCUCAGUCCAUGGAGACUGGCAGCAGCAUGGUGCCCCAGAACAUGCCCAGAGGUGAUGUGCAGCCAGUGGAGUAUGAGGAGCCCAGUCACUGGUGUUCUAUUGUGUACUACGAGCUGAAUAAUCGUGUGGGAGAGGCUUACCACGCUUCCUCUACCAGCGUGCUAGUUGAUGGCUUCACUGACCCAUCCAACAACAAGAACCGUUUCUGCCUGGGCCUGCUCUCUAACGUCAAUCGCAACUCCACUAUUGAAAACACCCGCCGCCAUAUUGGCAAAGGUGUCCACCUGUAUUACGUUGGAGGUGAAGUGUAUGCAGAGUGUCUGAGUGACACCAGCAUUUUCGUUCAGAGCCGGAAUUGCAACUACCAUCAUGGUUUCCACCCUACAACUGUCUGCAAGAUCCCUAGUGGCUGCAGCCUCAAGAUCUUCAACAACCAAGAAUUUGCUCAGCUGCUUGCUCAGUCUGUCAACCAUGGUUUUGAGGCUGUAUAUGAGCUCACAAAGAUGUGCACUAUUCGUAUGAGCUUUGUAAAGGGUUGGGGGGCCGAGUAUCACAGACAAGAUGUGACAAGCACCCCUUGUUGGAUAGAAGUGCAUCUCCACGGUCCACUCCAAUGGCUUGAUAAAGUUCUAACACAAAUGGGUUCUCCUCUGAACCCCAUCUCUUCUGUCUCGUAAUGAUGGGCCCCCUCUGGGCUAGGAGGAUCGUUUUUUUUAUUUUUUAUUCACUUUUGAAAGAAAAGGAGGUCUUAAGGGCUGAACUGUUUACACUACCUGAGGAAGGGUUUGCGAAUCCUACAGCAGCCAGAAAAAUAAGAAUGAACUGGGGCUCCAAACACCACCUAGCAGAGGAAAAUUCUAGGCAGUGACACAAAAUGGACUAACUGCUGCUUUAGCAAUUGCCUUUGUUUGUUUGUUGCAUAAAAUUGUUUUAAAAUGAUAAACUGAUUUUCUCUAACUGUAGGUAAUCUAGUAGAUGAAAUUGACAUGCUUUCAAGUAUCUCUGCUUCACUUUACACCAGUUGAAAAUGGCAGUUUCCUAGUUCUAUGAGAAUCUUUUUAAUUGCUAUGUUGUCUAAUCCCAGUUAUUCGCAAGGCAUAUUUUCCUUUGUUUACUGUUAGACUCGAAGCUCAUUACAAAUGUUUCCUUUUUAUAGUUUCUGUUGCCUCGAGGCAAAACACAAAGUUACUGCUUUUAAAUAAAGUUAUUUUAUCUGAUAAAUUCAGUAAUUUGACAUGUUUUUUCUUUUUUUGACAAAUGAAAACUAUUACCCUCUUAGCAUUCACGAGGACUUGGAGCAGUUUAAACACUGAAUCUUGUCUAUGCACAAAUCAUUUAGUGUUUUAAUGUUGUAUUACUCUGCUUUGUUGACUAGUGCAGUAUGCUCUUGCAUGUCAAAUCAAAUCCCUUUAUUGUCACUCAAACAUAUACACAAGUGCAACCGUGGGUGAAAGUCCUGGGUGCAGUUCCAAGCAACAUAGCAGUAUGACAAUUACAAUAAACAUCUGAUUUACACAUAA